AUGUUGAUGACAGUGAUCUCCUCCUUGGUUCUUGUCUCCGUGUUCUUCCGGGGACUCGGAGCUGUACCACCCGCUGUCCUGGUCAAUUAUACCCGUCCAGGAGAUCUCAUCAUCGGUGCCGUGUUGGCUUUUCAUUUUGACGACUCCUGCCGGUCAGGAUUGACAUUCCGUCAGGUUGAAAUCGUAGAGACGCUUGUGUACACUGUCGAACAGAUCAACAACCGAUCGGACAUCUUGCCAAAUCUCACCCUUGGAUUCGACAUCAAGGAAAGCUGCUACCAAGAAGAUGCCGCCCUCUGGUCCCUGUUGUCUCUUCUUGGUAAGUACUUUGAGUCUCAGAAUGGCCUUACCCUUCCCCCUCCUGACCAGAAGAACUUUGGCACGCUGCUAGGUGUAGUUGGCACUUCUCGGAGCACGACCAGCAUAUUUAACGCCAAGACGGCCCACCUGUUUGAUUUGCCGAUGAUUUCGCAUUAUGCGACGAGCGACGAAUUGAGUGACAAAGCCAGAUUUCCAAAUUUCCUCCGGACCAUUCCCCCGGACAAGUUGCAAGCCAGGGCCAUGGUAGACAUUUUGGAGAAAUUCGGCUGGACUUGCAUUGGCGUUCUGUACACAUCAGAUGCUUACGGCAUACGCGGAUCACAGGAAUUGCUUAAACUUGCGGACGAAAAAGAAAUGUGUGUCGUCUUUUCUAAGUCUGUGACUGGAAGCAAGCCUACACAGUCAGAGAUCGCAGAGUUGCUUUCUAAGAUUGAUGAAUUUGAAAUUGUGCAUGUCAUUAUUAUUUUUGGUGGAGAGGAGAUGUACGAUAUACUUGAAGAACUGGAAUGUCGUAAGCCAGGUUACAGGGUUACGUUGAUCUGCAGUGACGGUAUUCACGGACGGAAACUCUCUGAGGUCUAUCUAGGUAACAUGACGAAGGGAAGUUUGCGUCUGGAGCAGCAUCGCAGUUAUGUACCCGAAUUUCAAGACUACUUUAAAAGUUUGGAAGCUGCAUCACAGGUUAGCCCCUGGUACAAUGAGUUGAAAGACUUUAUAAUGAAAAGUAACGAAUGUGUGAAUUUGACACUGUGUUCCCUCCCUCAAUACGCUAUGAUUGAGAGUACUAUUUAUCACGCAGUGUACGCCUUUGCCUAUGCUCUGGACGAUUUAAUACGACAACGGUGUAGUAGUAGAACCACUGAUUGUUCACACCGCUUACACAAUAUCAGUGGACAAGAUCUUUUGCCGUAUCUGUUCAAUGUGCAGUUUGAAGGCGUAGGAGGACCGUUCGAGUUCGACGCUAACGGAAAUGCGGAGGGGGCGUAUACAAUCAAGGGUCUCUUAGAAGAAAAUAACAAGAUAGAAUGGCAAGAUGUGGGACUAUGGGACUCGCACCGGACGCAGAAACUUUCAAUGGUGGAUGCAGCUAUUCUUUGGCCAGACGGGACGCCGCAGUCCCAUUGCAAGCAGGAAUGUCUCCCCGGUCAAAUUGCGGUUCCUCUUCAAGAGAAAUGCUCUUGGGGUUGCCAAACUUGUUACAAAGAUGCUAUCGUGGUGGAUAAUGCAUGCGAGCAGUGCAAGAGAACCCACUGGCCCAGCACAAAUCGUUCUGCCUGUGAGCCCAUCGUCCCGGCUAGCGUGGCUACAUAUGAAGUCAUCAUCGUCGUUAUCCUAGUUCUCUGCAGUACUGGAAUCGCCCUAGCAGGGCUGAGUUUUGCCGGUCUAUGCUACUAUCGCCAUCACUCCUUGAUCAAGGCUAGCAGUCGUGAGCUCGGUACCGUGUCCAUCGUGGGAACGAUCUCGGCCUGUCUUGUUCCCUUACCGUUACUGCUUCCGCCUUCUGACCACACGUGUGCGGCAGCGGAGGCACUAGUCUCCCUCUGCUUCACCAUGACUUACGCACCCACGUUACUCAAAGUCAACCGUAUCCAUCGAGUGUUUCAAGCCGGUAGAAGGUCGACUAAAUGCCCUCGGCUGGCUCGACCAAAGGAGCAGAUCUUCAUAGCAUCGAUUAUCGUUCUCAUACAGAAACGAUGCGUAUCGUCGUACGGUGGAGAUCGUUGUUACACCGUCAUUGUGAAAACGUGCCGCAAAAUGUUUGUGUUUGCGUUUGCCGGACUCGUACUUUGCGCUACUGGACAGGUUCCACCGCCGGUUCUGGUUAACUUCACCGUGGAAGGUGACGUUACCCUGGGCGGGAUGGUCCCGUUCCACUUUGGUUCAUCCUGUCAGGGGCCGUUGGGGCGGACAUCGGUGGAGGCUGCCGAGACGAUUGUGUUCACUGUUCGUCAGGUGAACGAGCGAUCAGACCUGCUACCAAACCUGACGCUGGGGUUCGACAUCAGGGAGACAUGUUACAACGAAGACAUGACACUGUUAUCCGUUCUGUCUCUUUUGAGUAGCUACUCCCAUGAUGACCCAGUUUUCCGAGUGACGGGACGUCACCGACCACCAGCUACCGGUAAUUUGAUCGGAAUCAUCGGCACUGCACAGAGUGCUUCCAGUCUGGCAGCAGCCAAACCCAUCAACCUGUACGGUGUGCCCAUGAUCUCUUACUCCGCUACCAGUGACGAGCUGAGCGACAAAGAUCGAUUCCCGUACUUUCUGCGUACAGUGCCACCAGACAGGUUUCAAGCCAGGGCAAUCAUGGACAUCCUAGUCCGUUACAACUGGAUCUACGUCGGUCUGAUCUACUCGCUGAAUACUUACGGUAUCCUUGGCACUCAAGAGCUGUUGUCAUUAGCAGACAAAGAGGGAGUCUGCAUUGCGUUUUCUAUCGUGGUAAGAGAGAACGCUGCCCCCUCUGAAAUCCAAGAAAUUGUUCAGAAAAUCACUACACAUCAUCGCGCGAAAGUUUUGGUGAUGUUCGGCGAGUUUGUUGGCAUGUACACCGCUUUGCAGAUAUACCACAAUGAACACCCUGGCGAAAAGCGGACCCUGCUUUGCAGUGAUGCCUUCGGACAAGAUUUGCAUCAAUACGACAUCCUAAGUAUGAUUCAAGGCAGUAUUAAAGUGAAGCUUGAUUUCCAGAAAAUUCCCGCGAUUCAGGAGUACUUCAGUGAUGUGUUGAAGCAGAGUGGGCUAAGCCCUUGGUUUGCUGCUUUCAGAGAGACAUGGAUGACGGCCAAAAACUGCUCAGACAUCUCUACAUGUCCAAUCUCAUUCACGGGAACCUGGAUGCCGAUUUACAAAUCGGUGUAUGCCUUUGCUUACGCGUUGGACGACAUGCUGCGUGACCUGUGUCCUGAAAUGACGGUCAAUUGCGUGACUCUGACGGCACGUAAUGUCACUGGUAGGGACCUGUUGCCAUAUCUCCGCAAUGUGACCUUUCAAGGACCGGACGGUGAGUUUCAUUUUGAUUCGGACGGGGACCCAGCGGGCGCGUAUCUUCUCAGUUCAGUCGGGGUAGACCAGCAAGGGGAAAUCGUUUGGCACGACAUCGGGCACUGGGACUCUCAUUUUGAACAACACUCCCUGAAAAUUGACGACAAGAGGAUCGAGUGGCCGGGGAUAAAACCCAAAGCACCGAUCUCAGUUUGUCGAGACGAAUGUCAACCGGGUUACAUUGAGGUCCCAGAGGAGGAGAAAUGCUGCUGGACGUGUCGUCAGUGCGUCCCGAACGAGAAAGCGGUUAACAACGAGUGCAUACCUUGUCCUAGCCACUUCUGGCCCAGCGAGGACUUCACGACCUGUCAGCCCAUCGUCCCAACUAUUAUCAAUCUAAAGAAUCCUAUCAUCCUAGUCCUGCUGAUCCUAUGUGGACUGGGAGUCUUGCUGGCCCUAGUGAGCCUGACCGGCAUGUUCAUCUUCCGUAAACAUCCUCUGAUCAAGGCCACUGGCCGUGAGGUUAGUCUUGUCACCCUUCUUGGGACCCUCCUAGCCUACCUGACCAUCUUCCCGUUCCUGGACUACCCAACCGAGGCGUCCUGUGCAGUGGGUGAGGCUAUGGUGUCCCUUGGCUUCACGCUGACCUACGCUCCCACUCUGCUGAAGGUCAACCGGAUUUGCCGGAUUUUCCAGGCGGGAAAGAAGUCCACAAAACCUCCCCGUUUUGUCCGGCCCAGAGACCAAGUUCUGCUGGUCGUCCUGCUUACUGCAAUCCAGGACGCCGUUAGGCUUCAUUUAGGCUAUCAGCUUCGGUCCAAAAAUGGGGCCAGCGGUAUCAAAUGA